AUGACUCGGAAUCACAAGUUCGUCACCGGCAUGGACAGUUCGUCAAAGAUGGAUAGCCCGUCAAAGCAACUCUUGCUCGACUUGGUCAAUGACCUUGAGAAUGCGAACAUUUUCAAUACUGACCUUAAAAAGGUCCGAGCUUACGAGCGCAGAUCCUUUUACGAGACGCUCGACCGGAUUGAUCGAGAGCUCGAGGCUCAACAUACGGCUGCGCUGGACGAGGCUGCUGCCUUACAUGACCGGGUGCGUGAGCAAGCCGAAGUCAUUCUGCAGGAACAUAUCCGUGCCGAAGAAGAAGAGCGCAAGCGGCAAGAGGAGGCUGCGCGCAAGGAAAAGGAGCGCAUUGAGCGCAUCCAACGCGAGAAGGCAGAGCAACUUCGCCGACAACAGGAAGAAGCUGCGCGUGCUGAGGCGGACCGCAAGGCCAAGGAGGAGGCUGCAAAGAAGGCGGCGGAAGAAGCUGAGUGCGCAAGACAGGCAGCACAAAAGAAGAAGGAGCGCCAGGAGCGCGAAGAGCGGGAACGAGCUGAGGCCGAGAAGCGGAAGCAAGCCGAAGAUGUCAAGAAGGCCCAGCAGGAGGCUGAGGCAAAGGCCAAGGCCCUUGAGCUGGGGAAGGUUGGUGUGAGCGGUCUGACAGCCGAUGAAGCGCGCAUUCAAGCCCGCUACGUGGAGAUCCAUAAGACGCUCAAGCAAUUGCGGAGUUGGCUACAGGGGCUCGUUAAGAACGACCCAUCUGCCAAGAAAGCCAUGGGCGACAUGCGCAGGUCAAUUAAGAAGUGUGUUGGUCAAUUGCGCGACGGCAAGGGUGUCAACAAGACACAGACCCAGGAAAUUCGCGCAGAGUUGGAGAAGGCCUGCCAGAUGCCGGGGCCAUCCAUUGAUAUCCGCCCAUUCAUCGCAUUCCCUCCCGAUGAGAUCGCGCAGACCGAGCAUAAGGUGCCCGCGAUGUUGAUCUACGGGCUGAACAUGCUUUCAAAGGCCCUGAUCUCAGCGUUAAUUGGAGAGGCCUCCAUCAAGUCGGCCCAUGCUGAGCCAAUCGGCAUCGUCGCUGCCCAAAUUUUCUCUAUGGACAGCUUCAUGUUCAAGGGCUUGCCAAUGAGUGACAUCCUGCUCGCGAAGUACCGUGUGGUAUGCCCGGCACUCUGGGGCUCCACCGGGGACGACAAGACCGAGUCAGGCCGGCAGGCGCUCGGCUGGUGGCGCUUGGAAGCCGGCGGCCCCUUUGUGAGCGAACAGACUCACAUGGACCGCAUGACGGCCCUGGGCGCCGGAUUUUCCGCCCUGACGCUGCGCAACUUUGGGAAGGCCCAACGUCCCAACCCCUUUCCGAAUACCAUCUUCUGGACUUCGAUCCAAAAGAUCCUUACCAUCGCUCCUGCCGACAUGCAGGAAACCCAGAUCGCUCUCCUCUAUGGUAUGCUACGAGGAUCGAGUGAGCGGAUCCUUGUCUUUUUUGGACAAGUUGGGUUGGCCCUUUUGCGCCGGGCGAUCGUCGAGCUGCCUGCGGCUCUGCCGCGGCAGACCAUGACGGUCAAUCAGCUUAAAUUGCUGAAGGAUACCUACGCGCAAGAUAGAUGCCUCCUCCUCUAG